CGGAUUUACGAUCCAUCCAUGAUCAAUUACGCCAUUUUCUGAAUCCUUGCAGUUGAAUCUCCCCGACCAUAAACUCGACUUACUCGACAAUAACCCCGAGUACGAUCCUCACAAUGGCAGACAAAGACGCUUGUCCCGUCGAUCACAAAUCCCGCGAAGCAUGGCUCGCUCAGGCCCGUGAAGCCGAAGCCGCAAAAGCAAAAGCAGCUGGAUGUCCAGUCGACCACACAGCGCAAGCGCAGUCGAAAUCAUGGUCUCAAACAUUCUCGUCAUAUCUCCCAUGGUCCUCGAGCAAACCUGCCCCGCCGCCUACGCAAAUACCUUCGAACGACGGUCUUGAUACUGAUCGCGUUGUAUCCACGAUUCCACGAACAUCUGGCGGGCCUGCGGCGUGUCCGGUAGAUCAUGGAAAAGAACCUGCAAAGCCUGCGAAUCACGAAAUGGAGACUGGUGUAGAUCCCUCCGGCAACUGGGUCUAUCCUUCGGAGAAGAUGUUUUUCGAUGCGAUGAAGCGAAAGGGUUACGAUGCGAGGGUAGCGGACAUGAAAACGGUUGUGCCGAUUCACAAUGCUGUUAAUGAAAGAGCUUGGAAGGAGAUCAAGGAGUGGGAAGCGCCGUAUCUCAAGGGCACCAAAUGUGAUGGACCUAAGCUCGAAUCUUUCGCCAACAAGAUGGAUCGCAUGACUCCCACCGCUCGCUUUAAUACUAUUCUCGGCUACACGGCGCCGUUCGAUCGACACGAUUGGGUUAUCGACCGAUGCGGUACGAGGGUUGACUACGUUAUUGACUUUUACGCUGGACGACCAGAUGGAAAGGGCGGACCGAGUUUCUAUCUUGAUGUGCGGCCGAAGCUGAAUACAUGGGAGGGCGUUAAGAUGCGAGCCAAGAGAUGGGCAUUCCUAGCAUAGCGAUGAAACUGCUGUACGAUAUCUGUAUGAUGUAUGAGCUAUUCACUAGAAGGCGUUCUGGAAAAUGUACAAUAUGGGUAAAAAGCAUAGAGG